ACUUGCUUUGCGUCGACUCGUAUAACAAUAAGCAAAACAAAACAGUGGAAGUAAACAAAAGUUUAUUAAGGUUUAAAUUGUUCACACAGUCAUGUAAGUUUGACAUAUGUAAGUUGCUUAUAUACUGACUUUAGUAUUCAAUGUUUGGACAGUGUUGUUUUAAAUAAAGAUCCAUACACGUUUAUGUUCUAGUUGAGGUGAAAUAGGAUUGUUUAUCAAAACUAAAUAUUCAAGAUGGCGACAUUUUCUCAGUCAACUGUGGAUAAAGGCUCUGACUCAGUUAUAGACUUUUGUUGUUCACCAUGUCUAGAACACAAAAUUGACCAGUGGGCGGAGUUUUACUGCGAUAACUGUCUUAAAUUUUAUUGUGCAAACUGUAUAAACCUUCAUGGUCAGUUGUUUGGGAAACACGUGACAUAUGGAAGGAGAGAAACAAAAAAGUGGCCAGUGCCCAAAGAAGUGGAGGAUUUCCUUCAAAAAUGUGACAUUCAUGAAGGAAAACGUCCAGAAUUGUUUUGUUAUGACCACAGUCAGCUGUGUUGCACUGAUUGUUCUUUUCUCAAUCACAGACAAUGUGUUAAAGUGACACUGAUAUCCGAGUCAGUCAACGGACCUCCACCAGAUUUGCAGAGACUAUCAAGAAAGAUUCAAACUAUUCUUGUAGAACUACAGAGACUUCAGAAUAAUUGGGACACCAACAUGCAGUCUUUGCAGGUGUCGUACAACGAAGAAUUACAUGAAAUACGUCAAACACGCCAAAAAAUAAAUACAAUUUUAGACGAGAUUGAAAAGACCACCCUUAAAGAGCUAGAUGCUAAGAUGACCAGUUUGAAAGCUGCCCUCAAUACUGAUUUGGAAAAUUGCAACAAGCUCAAACAUGAACUUAAACGACUCAGUAACGCAAUAGAAAAUAUUAUUGAUAAGGGCAAAGCUGAACUUAUAUUUAUUGCAAGUAAGAAAUGCCUGGAAAAGAUAAAGCAGUCUGAAACGAACCUGAAGGAGAACUCUGUUCAGGUAGAAAAAAUACUGGCAUUUCAGGCAGACAGUGAUGUUCAACAGUACUUGUCUAAAUUGUCAGGUCUCGGGAGAUUUGUUGUAUGUACUCAAGCUAUUCAUCUGCAAGGUGACCCAGACCAGGUAUUAACUGUCCACGAGAAGUAUGAUGUGAGAAUGAAUGACGAUGGCGUUUUUGAGUCAAUGAAGAACUUAUUGAGGAGAUAUUCUAUCACUGCCGUCUGUGGUCUGUCUAAUGAUCAGAUCCUUGUUGCAGAUCAGUAUCAUAAUUACAUUAAGCUUCUCAAUCAUCAAUACAUUGUGGUGAGUCAGUAUCAAUUUACUGCUCAUCCACAUGAUAUAUGUCAAAUCACACCAAGUGAAGUAGCUGUUGCUGUGGAUGAUGAUGAGACACAUGCGAUCCAGUUUUUCUCGAUGAAUGACGGGCGGCUGGUUAUGGACACACAGUUUAAGAUUGAACAUUCAUGUUUUGGUAUUGCUCGUUAUAGGAAAAUCCUUUAUCUAACUUCUGAAACUGCACUUUAUACGUAUUCAAUUAGUGGAACCCGGUUGAAUAAGCUGUAUGAGGAUACAACAGCUCGGGCCACAGUAUCUAAGUGUGCAGUGAGUCCAUCAGGUGACAGGAUAUUUGUGACUAAGCCAAAGGAGAACACGGUCUUCACGCUGGCCAGAGAUGGCACAGUUCUUUACAUCUUCACACACCGAGACCUCCAAAAACCAAGUGGAAUACAUGUUACUGCUCAGGGACAGGUUCUGGUCUGUGGAAGUACAUCUCGCAAUGUCCUACAGCUGGAUGGCGAAGGCAAGAAGAAGCUGGCAAUUCUUGGUACCUUGAGGGAUAGCCCAAAGACAAUCUUCUACGAUAAGAGCGCAUCCUCCAUCAUUGUGGGACUAGCUAAUACAUUAUCAUUCACAAAAAUUCUAGUGUUUAAAGUACACUAGUUUUCUUUAAAAAGUUUGAGUACAACCGUUGUGGAACAUGAACUUUCAAGAUGAAUUCUUGGCAAUACAGAUAUCGUAUUCGACUUCAGGUUUCAUCACAACACUUUAUUACUUGUGUUGCCAAGUAAUGCGAAAUGAUGUUUAUGAGUGGAAAAGUACUUUCAUCAAAAUAAAUUUCAUGGCAUCAUGGAUCUGUUAUCAUAUGUUGUAAGAAAUCAACUGCUUUGCUGGAAAUCAACUAUAUUGCAUACAUGAUUUUUUUUUCAUUAGAAUUUUAUAUGAACUUCGUAUUAUCGUAAUAUUAAUCUGCAUCUGGCAAAUGAUUAACAUGUACAUACAUGAUUUACUUGUGAUACGGUAUGUUCUUCAAUAUUGUUGUGUACUUUUAUAAACAAAAUAUAAGAACUGCAGGAUGGAGUUUGAAAGGGAAGGUUUAACGAGUUCUUUUUACUCUUUUACUGUCAAUAUGUGUUUUGUUCUAAGAAAUAUUUAGUCACAUAAAGUAGCAAUUAUGUAUUGUACAUAUUGUUUUUUAUAUUUUUGGUUGAUGACCAUUAUACAUGUUUGUGCACAUGUCCUACAUGUUAUUAUCCUUUCCCAUUCCCUAUGUUUUGCUUAAUAAAAUAAUUGUAUCUCAAA